AUGACAUACACGAACGCCGGCAUUCGUUUUAAAUAUGUACCGAACAAGUGGUACAAUGCGUGCGCCCGUCGACCAUUGAUGACGUGCAACGGCCGCGCCGAAACUUCCGGCGGCCGUAAGACUUACGAUUUUGCGACUUGGUGCCGCCACGAGAAGCCCUGCGAAAACCCCUUGCCUGCUUUCAAGUCAGAAACCGGAGGAACAGGACUCGUUGGGACCCUGGAGGCUGCCCAUGAGAUGCAGGUAAGCAAAAUGGAGUCAGGACUGACCAGAAGUGACGACUUCUCUCCACAACUCGCCAGACCUAACAGGUAA